AUGGAGAACAUGAGUGAGAAAUACCGUCAGCUCGGAUCUGCUUCCUCUUCAAACCAUGAAUGGGUGGAACGUGACACCCGAUCUGAAAAUGGGAGUCUAGGUACAGAGGGGAAGGGAGAGACAUGGAAGAAGAGGGUAUCGACUGCUUGUUUGGCUUGUAAGAAGUCGAAGAGGAAGUGCUCCGGUACAUCCCCCUGCCUAAACUGCCAAACCUUCAAAAGAGUCUGCAUAUUCGACGAAUCCCUCGACCAACGACGGCGAGUCGCCGCAAAACGCACAGCCGACGAACUCUCCUACCACCGCGACCUUUUAUCCGAUCUCUUCCGCCUAAUCCGCGAAGCAAACGAGUCUUCCGCUUUAUACCUGCUAACCAUAAUCCGGCACAAUGCACCAGCCGAUGAGAUCCGCGCCUACAUCAACGAGACUUUGGCGGAGCUAACAUCCCCUUCGGCUCGAUCGAAGUCGGAAACAGAGUCCAAGCAGACUCAAAAAGCAGUUGCGGAGCUGGAGAAUAUGAAGCACAUCAUAAAUGUUGAAGGGUCGAGUCCGACUUUCAGGAGUAAGGUUAUGGAUAUUCAUUUCCUUUGUGAUGAGGCGCCGGUCCAGGUGCCGGCGAAGCCUUGGACGAGUGUCACCGCGGAUGGGGAGUUGGUGUCUCAUCUUGUUUCGCUUUAUUUUGCCUGGGAUUGGCCUUUUAGUGCGUUUUUGGAUAUGGGGGUUUUUGUUAAGCAUAUGCAGAGGGGGGUGGUUGGGAGUGAGUUUUGUAGUCCUUUUUUGGUGAAUGCUGUGCUAAGCAAUGCUUGUUACUUCUCUGAAUUCUCGGAAGCUUAUGUCGUUCCUGGUGAUGUUUCCUCCAAGGGGAGGGAUUUCCUUGCAGAGGCGGAAAGAUUGAAGGACGAGGCGCCGUCGCAGCCUAGUCUGGCUGGCUUACAGGGGACCUUGUUGAUGUAUGAGAGAUAUGCAAUGUCCCGCGAAGACGACCGCGGCUAUAUCAUGCUGCACCAGGCCAUCCACAUGGGCGAGGCUCUAGGUCUCGUCGGCAGUACAGGUCCCAGAAUGGCCUCGACCGAACUCUCCCAGGACAUGGACAUCUCCUGUCGGCGCACUGCCUGGGGUCUCUUCAACGUCGAUACGACGGUCCACACAAGCUUCCUCCGUCCGAGUCUCAUCAACAACGUUAACAUGGCGCGUAUCGGCCUCAACCCAGCCGAGGACCAUGCCCUCUGGCGACCAUACCCGACCCACCGUGACCCGCGCCCGUCCUUCUUCAGCCAGUUCUUCGACGAAGCCUGCAACUUGUCGACAAUCGCCCGCGAUAUCUCGCGUAGUAUGUUCGCCAGCCACCGGGGCAGCAAUGCCCUAAGUCCAAUCCAGCGCCAGAGUCGCGAGGACUUGUACGACCGUAUCCGUCGCUGGCACGAUCUUCUCCCGGAGGACUUUGAUGUCCGAUACAGACCGGCUCCGCAUAUCAUUUUACUAAAAAUGCGCUACCACUCCCUCAUCAUCAACCUCUUCAGCUGCAUCUCCGAAGACGAAGUCGGCCCAACCUCCUUCGAACCCCAAACCCCCGAAAGCCCACCCCGCCACACCCCAGAAGCAAAAUACAAUGCCCGACAAGUCACGCAAACCGCCGCGCGCAGCAUCGCCGCCCUAACCCGUCUUCACCGACGCGAGUUCGGCGUCAACCGCGCCCACCAGUUCGCCAUGUACGCGAUCAAUCUGGCGCUGUUUACGCUGCUGGAGUCUGAGGCCUUCGAUGUCCUCGACGAGGACUUCCUCACGCUCGCGAGCGCGUUCUCGGUCAUUGCGAGUCGGUCUGGGCUUGGGCGGAAUUUGUUCCAUCUUUUCCGGCAGUCGGUCAGGGCGAAGGCGCAGGGGAGUCGCAUAAGGGGGGCGACUGCUGUUCCGGAUGAGUUGAGGGAUUUGUUUGAUGAGGGGUCGAGGGCUAGGGGGUGUUCAAGGUUUGAUGAGUAUGCCGAGGGGUUGGAGAAGUUGAAUCAGAAGGAUAAGUAUCAUGGGAUUAGUGGUGGGGAGGAGGGGUUGCAGGAUUGUCCUGGGCUUGGGCUUUCUGAUAUGUUGGAUCGAUAUGAGAGUCUGAGCCUUGGGAAGGACGAUGUUUUGGUGGAGAGGUAUCGUCCUGGGUGUUGA